AUGUUUCACGCCCUGGUCUGCGUGCCCCCUCGUCCCAGCUCAAACCCGUCUUCCGAAGGCUCGACAUCGUCCUGCUCAUCGGUAUACUCCGCACCUACUUCCACCUCCCCACGAUUCGUCUUCAUCCGCAGGAAACUGCACUCAGGACGCGGCGAGAGAGGCGGAAUAGGUUGGACUCUACGGGGUGGGAGAGUUAUACCCUGGGAAAGCGAGAAGAAAAUGCCCAGGCUCAUGAGCAGGACGGGCUUAUUCAAGAGAGCUGGAACUCACGUCAGGCUGUUGGAAGAAAAGCACACCGAAACCGGUGACGAAGGGGGUGACGCAUAUGAGGAACGCUGCCGUGGGAUUAACGAAGUUGAAUGUCAGGCUCUGCAGAAGGCUAUCGUCGAAGCAAGAGUGGAUGAUGAGUGCGGCGGAGACUCGGAAUCAGCGUAUUCACGCCCCUCGCAUGAAUGCGAGACGAACGUCAACUUGGAGAAGACGCUCACUGACUCGGGAUUUGUCCCUGGGAAAACCAAACGACAUUUCAGAAUGUGCAAAGGCCUUGUCGGAUACGGCAAGGGGAAGAUUGUCCAUUUGACCUCUUCCUGCCCGAACGGUACGCGCUCACCAGUCGAGAAACUGAAAGCUCUAAGGUCGACAUGUGCAUCCGCCGGCCUCAAAGCUCUUGGGAAGGGUAAAAGAGCGACCAAACUCAUACUUGGAGUAAAUUCUCGGGAAAACGACAACAACGCAGAUGACACAGGCCGCGAACCAGCGUCCACAACCCGCCGCUUCACCAUCUUCAAAUCCGCCGCCCUAGGCCGUCCCGAACCCCACGAACGUUUCCCCAUCCUGCCGAAGCAACUAGGAGGGAAGACUUUGCACUUACCACGCCGAUUCACACAAACGCGGCGCGAUUCGCGUAGACGGGUGGAACCACUUUCUCCUCGCGUAUCCAGGACGGUGACACUGGCGAUUGCGCUGAGUCUUAGUAUUGGGACGGAAGGUGCAGCUCCGAAAGUUUGGAUCCUGAACUCCACGCUCAAGGGGACACUGUCUCCUAGGAAUAACCCUCACAGCACCAUGGAUGACUGGGUCGUCGAAUCCACGCAUACCGGGGGAACACCACCAGUAGAUCAUCUCUCCAGCCCCCGCGACAGACUCAGUCUCCCUCCAUGCACCUACUGCAAAGGCUCCACUUCAUCCGCCAAAGACGAUGCAUCAUUCACCACAUCCGCACCGACCGAGGUGACCGUCACGGGCGCCAGCCAGACCACCGUCGCCAAGUUUAACCUCAACAGGGAUGCGGACGUGAAUGACGACAAUGCGGAUACGGCCACUACCAUUUCCAGCUGCACCACUCACAGUUCCUCCCAAUCCUUCUCUACUGCUACUCCUGUAGAUUCGUCAGCGUCACAGCUCUCUGGUCCUGUCAGUCCUUCUCUCGACGGUGUCGACUGUAAUGACCUGGAAGACAAAUGUCAAGUACCGCCACUCGAGCACUACUGCCUUGAGGAAGCGAGACGGGAGGAGGAGUAUAUCGGUGGCGCCAUCGCCCUCUUCCCGUCAAUCAGCCCAUAUCUAAGGUAG